AUGGCCAUCCCAAAGCCCCCCUUUCCCGCAGCUUGGCGGUCCAUCCCCAUCAGCCCCAGGAACCUCACCCUUGCCAAUACUCUCCCCGUCGGGCAAAGUUUUCUAUGGCACAGGCUGCCCCAGACUGCAGAACAGGACGAGGAGUAUUCCCGAGCAAUCGACAAUCCUCCCCGAGUUGUAUGUCUUCGCCAGUCCCCUACCCACAUUCACUACACUGCCGUUUAUCCCAAUGCGGCUGCGGCGGAGAGAGACGAGCACAUGUCGGCCACAAAAGUGUGGCUUGAAGACUAUUUCCAGCUGGCCACCUAUCCGGAUCUUGACGUCCUGUAUGCCGAAUGGAGAAAGCGAGAUCCAAAGCUGUUUGCACCAGCAGAGCUCAAUCCUAGAGCGAUAGGUGUGCGAGUUCUCAGGCAGGAUCCAUGGGAAUGCCUCGUUGCGUUCAUCACAUCGACCAACAAUCACAUCUCCCGAAUAACCUCGUUACUGCACAAACUCUCACAAACUUUCACGGAUCCUGUGUUGACACUCGAUCACUCUCCUCAUUCUCCCCCAAUCACAUAUCAUCUUUUUCCCGCGCCUCAUCUACUACCGGUGGCCCUUGAUACUACAUUGCGAGACCUGGGUUUUGGGUAUAGAGCGCCUUUCAUAGAGUCGUCCCUGGCAACUUUGCGCCACAAGUUUGGAAGUCAAAAAGGGGAUAUCGAGGCAGAGCUUGCUCUUUGGAGACACCGAGACACCGAGACCGUCAGAGACGAGUUGGUUGCGCUCAAGGGUGUAGGUAGGAAAGUUGCUGAUUGUGUCAUGUUGAUGUGUCUGGACAAGCCUUCUCUCGUCCCGAUCGACACACAUGUGGCAAACAUCGCUGCUCGACAUCCCUCCUUUCCGUCGCGCUUACGUGGCAAACCCAUGUCAAAGCAGGUGUACGACGAGACCCAAGAGUUCCUCCUCGACAAGUGGGGGCCACUAGCAGGUUUAUGCCAGGCUGUCAUGUUUGCUGCCGAUCUGGCCCCUGCGCCAACGGUCAAGAAGGAAGUGGUGUCUGUCACCAAGCAAACGACAAAGACUAGAAGAAUAGAGGUCAUUAAAAACUCUGAAGAGCAACCCCCUUUGAAGCGGACCAGGAGUGCUACGCGACAAGCGAUCAAAGUAGAGGUCUCCACCACCAAGCAAGAAUUACCAUAG